UUAAAUAAAUGCAUCACUGUGAACAUCUAGAAGAAGUCAAGAAGUCAACAAACAUAACUUUGACAGUGAAACAUGGGUGGGAAUGAGCAGUCAUUAACUCCUUCUCUCAUGUCCGCUCACUGACUGGGUGUCAUUACGUUUUGUUUUGCUUUGUUUCCUCAGACGUCCAGAGAGGAAACCCAUCCCCGUGAGCAAAGCUCACAAUGGGGGUGUUCACCAUCCAGGCCCCAGUCUUCUGCUCUGUUAUUGGUCACCACGAAACCUGCAUCAGUUUAAAACCAGACGCCACUUUCUUCCCUCCCUUCACACAGCACAACCCUUAAAAAAAGACAGACAAGGAGGGACUGACAGAGUGAGUGAGUGUGUGUGACUGUGAGAGAUAACCAGAGUUGGUCUCAGGAUGCCUGCGUAUGCCACCAACAUGAGGUUGAAGUUCCCCAUCUUGGCCUUGGUUUUGGAGAUUAUCACAAUCAUCCUGUUUGCAGUGUUUGUGGUCUACGACGAUGGAGAAGGUCACGGUCACGACUCACACUCCAAUGAGACUCACCAUGAGCCGGAGCCCAUGCAGCUUUACCCCAUGUUCCAGGAUGUCCACGUCAUGAUCUUCAUUGGCUUCGGGUUCCUGAUGACCUUCCUGAAGAGAUACGGGUUCAGCAGCGUGGGCGUCAACCUACUCCUGGCCGCCUUCGGCCUGCAGUGGGGCCUCCUCAUGCAGGGCAUCUGGCACAUGGUGGACGGCAAGAUCAAAGUCAGCAUCUUCAAAAUAAUCAAUGCAGACUUCAGCACAGCUACAGUCCUGAUCUCCUUUGGAGCCGUUCUGGGUAAAACCAGCCCUGUGCAGCUCCUCAUCAUGACCAUACUGGAGAUCACCAUCUUCUCUGUCAAUGAGCAUCUAGUGGCAAAUGUACUCCAAGCAAAUGAUGUUGGAGCAUCUAUGAUCAUCCAUGCCUAUGGAGCCUACUUUGGGCUGGCUGUGGCUCGAGUACUUUACAGACCAGGUUUGAGGAAUGGACACGAGAACGACGGAUCUGUUUAUCACUCUGAUCUGUUUGCUAUGAUUGGAACCGUCUUUCUGUGGAUGUUCUGGCCCAGUUUUAACUCCGCCAUCGCUGAUGAGGGCUUUACUCAGCUCACAGCAGUGGUCAACACCUACCUCUCCCUGGCCGCCUGUGUGCUCUCUGCCUACGCCAUCUCCAGCCUUGUGGAGCACAAAGGAAAACUGGACAUGGUGCACAUCCAGAAUGCCACCCUGGCUGGUGGUGUUGCCGUGGGAACAUGCGCUGACAUGAACAUCGGGCCAUUUGGCGCUAUGCUGAUUGGAUUUGUGGCUGGCAUCGUUUCUACCCUGGGCUUCAAGUUCCUAACUCCUAUCCUGGCAUCCAACCUGGGCAUCCAGGAUACCUGUGGUGUCCACAAUCUGCACGGCAUGCCCGGCAUCCUGGGCGGGUUGGCUGGUAUUGUUGCCGUGGCUUUGGGCAAGAAAGAGGGAGGUGAUCCUGCCAUGCAAGCUGCUGCCUUGGCUUCAUCUCUCGGGUUCGCUUUGGUUGGAGGUGCUGUUACAGGUUUAAUAAUGAAGUUGCCGUUCUGGGGACAGCCUCCAGACCAGAACUGCUUCGAUGACUCUAUUUACUGGGAGGUUCCCGCUGAGGAGGAGGAGAACGAGGAGAGCAUGGCUCACGGCGAUCACGCAAAGAACAAAGCAGAGGUUUAAAGAUUUGAGCUAGAAAUGAAGUUUUGAGCAAAAAAUCAUUCAUCAGUUAAACAUCAACAACAACUUGGAGUAUUUUUCAUCAUAGUAUAGUUUACAUUUUUAAUCUGGGACACAAUAGAGACUCCAACAUAUAUAUAUAUAUAUAUAUAUACCUGUAUAGAUACAUAUAGGUAAUCUGAUUCUUAUAAUUGAUAACUUAAGGAUUUGGUUAAUUCCAUUUACUCUGAGAAAAAAAAACAUAUUUUAGGAAUUUGAAAGGAGAACAGAAACCAUCAGGGAUUUUUUUUAACACUGAAAAUUGUGAUCAGCAGUUCACAACAGUCAUGAGCCACUGUACAACUCGUAGUGGGUCACACCAUAGCUUCACUGUUGAAACACUUCUAUAAGCUUUUUCUUUAUUUCAUUUUAUAGUAUAAAAAAAGCAUGUUUUAAGAUAUUAGUAUAGUGUGUAUUUUCCUUCAUACAUUCUUUUAUAUUUCCAUACACUUGGCAUACGUAUCUGUGCUGAGGCUUUAGGUCAAAGACAGGAAUCAAACCAGGCUUUGAUCUGCUGCUUCGUGUUACCUCACUGGAGCCCAGACCUUCUGCAAGGAGCCAGAGUCAGACUGUGUGAAGUCAGCUCGGCUCUGACGUGGGCUGGGAUAGUAGCAUAAUGUUCUUGUAACUAAUGAACUUUUGUGUGGCUUAUCUUUCACCACUUCCGAGCAUUUUCUAUCCAUCUGAGGGCAGCUGUACAAUUUCUUCAAUGCAAUGAUGAGCUGUGCAUUUAGCAUUAAAGCGGCUGUCACCUUGCAAGCUGUGGUUAAUGUUUUUUUUUCCUGUUUUCUAUUUACAUCCAAUGUACUCUUUCGUGUACAUACAGUUUAGCAUUUAGAUGGAUUGACAUGGUCAGUUUGAUUAAAGCCCUGCACUGUCAAAGAAAAACUGGUACUGCAUGUUUUCAGAUAUCUUUAGAAGAAUGCAACAGGAUCUUGCACAUUUAUUUUACGUGCAAAUGAGAUAAAAACUUAAUUUUUUUAACCUAUUUUCACCUUAAUAUUACCUUUUUAUGUAUCAGUUGGUCUGUUUUCAAUCUCUUUGUUUUUUUUCUGUAGGUGAACUGCAGUUAAAGAGUCUUUUUCACUCUGAGUUUUGAACCGUCACACAUGCGACAAGCCCUUCUGUGUCUAUCACAGGAUUAGACUUCAAUUUGUCUGCUUGAUAUCUUUUGAAUCUGCAUGAUGCUGCAGUGCUGACUGACAGAUUUUUAUUGUGUUAAACAUCAAAGCACAGGACUGCGGGGCUAGAUGAAACUGACUACAUGUAGACUUAAUCAAUUAUAUUUUAGUUUGUCAGAUUAUGUAUGAAGCUCAGACCACUGAAACACAUCAAGAUUUGUAUUUUUAUACAGUGGGCAUGUGCUCUUAUUUGUAUAAUAUACUAAUACUGUCAUAAUAAAUAUGUUUUUGUACAAUACCAAUGAUUAUGUGUUUUUUUGUCAUAAUACUUCAACAUCAAUAACAAUCUUGAUUGUGAG